UCUCUGAACACUAUCGCUAGUCUUUUUUCGUUCACUGAUUGCAUCGCUAGUCGUGUGCCCUUUUCACUAUCAUUUGUCGAAGAACCGAAAAUGAUUCCAAGGAUAGUGGUGCCUUUGUUAUCGGUACUAGUCAUAGUUACCGCCAGGCGAUCAUACGAAGGAUAUAAGGUGUACGGAGUUGUGCAAGAAACACCAGACGAAGCUGAAAUUCUCUAUCGGAUUCAGCAAGCCAAUCCAGACCUGGACUUUUGGCACCUGACCAAGCAGCCAGGCGACGAAGCAAGGGUUCUUGUGGCUCCCAAAGAUCAGCGAUCAUUCCUAAUCAAACUCAUUAGACAUGGCCUGCAUUACCAAGAAGUCAUCUCGGAUGUCGAGAGCAUUAUGGCUCCCUACAGCGUACCCCGGACACGUAGCAUGGGCGGUGAUGUCGACAUUUUGAAUUCCUAUCUUCGACAUGACGAAGUAAAUGAAUACCUGCAUGCACUUUCCCGUAAGCACUCUUCCCUGGUCAGUGUUGAAGAAGCAGGAACAUCAUUUGAGGGUCGCUCAAUCAAGACAAUCACAAUCAACAAUAAACCUGGUAAUGCUGUAGUGUUUUUGGAUGCAGGAAUUCAUGCCCGCGAGUGGAUUGCACCUGCCACCGCAAUGUACGCCAUUCAGCAGCUUGUCGAACACGCCAGUGAAAAUCAAGACGUUCUGGGAAAUUUGACGUGGGUCAUUAUGCCUGUUGUGAAUCCCGACGGAUACGAAUUCUCGCAUGAAUCGGACCGCUUCUGGCGUAAGACGCGCAAACCGACAAGCAAACUCUGCAAGGGAACCGACGGAAACCGCAAUUUCGAUUUCCAUUGGGGAGAAGUUGGAGCCUCCAAUCAAGGAUGUGCCGAUACCUACCGUGGAGAUACGGCUUUCUCCGAACCGGAAACCAGAGCUGUUCGAGACGCUGUCAUUAAGCUGAAGGGAAGUUGCAAGUUCUACCUUUCACUGCACUCGUACGGAAACUACAUUCUGUAUCCAUGGGGGUGGACUAGCCAACUUCCGGAGACCUGGCAGGAUAUUGAUGAAGUUGCUCAAGCUGGUGCAGCGGCCAUCAAGCAGGCCACCGGAUCAAGGUACACAGUGGGUAGUUCGACCAAUGUGCUGUAUGCUGCAGCAGGUGGAAGCGAUGACUGGGCUUUGGCCGUUGCCGAAGUUCCAAUUUCGAUCACCAUGGAGCUUCCCGGUGGUGGUAACGGAGGAUUCAACCCACCUCCCUCGUCUAUUGAAAAACUCGUUAAGGAGAGUUGGGUGGGCAUCAAAGCAAUGGCGGCGAAGGUGGCGCAAAAGUUCUGAAUAAACGAAUCUAAACUGUACUGUA